CUUUGACCGCGGCUAGCUCCGGGAGUGGGACGCAUGCGCCGUUUCUCUGCAUGGUGUGUGUGCUUCUAGCUGCGGCUGCAGGAGCUGUGGCCGUCUUCCUAAUCCUGCGAAUAUGGGUAGUGCUUCAUUCCCGGGACGUUACGCCCCGGGAGUCUCUCAGUAUCUUGGUAGUGGCUGGGUCCGGUGGGCAUACCACCGAGAUUCUGAGGCUGCUUGGGAGCUUGUCCAAUGCCUACUCACCUAGACAUUAUGUCAUUGCUGACACUGAUGAAAUGAGUGCCAAUAAAAUAAAUUCUUUUGAACUAGAUCGAGCUGAUAGAGACCCUGGUAACAUGUAUACCAAAUACUACAUUCACCGAAUUCCAAGAAGCCGUGAGGUUCAGCAGUCCUGGCCCUCCACGGUGUUUACCACCUUGCACUCCAUGAGGCUCUCCCUCCCUCUGAUUCACCAGCUGAAGCCAGAUUUGGUGUUGUGUAACGGACCAGGAACAUGUGUUCCUAUCUGUUUAUCUGCCCUUCUCCUUGGGAUACUAGGAAUAAAGAAAGUGAUCAUUGUCUACGUUGAGAGCAUCUGCCGUGUGGAAACGUUAUCCCUGUCCGGAAAGAUUCUGUUUCAUCUCUCAGAUUACUUCAUUGUUCAGUGGCCGGCUCUGAAAGAAAAGUAUCCCAAAUCUGUGUACCUCGGGCGAAUUGUUUGACAAAUGGCAACUGACUUCUUUAGAAUUUUGCAGUUAACAGUAGUAUAUACUCAAAUUGAGGGGAAAAAAACCCUACAUGUUUAUCGUAAGGUGUCUGACAGUCCUGAGAAUUAUUGAUGGUAAGGAAUAAAAAGUGUACAGCGGACUCAGUGAAGAAACAGCCUUCUCUAAUGAAACAAGCAUUGAUAAGCAAUAACUACUAAAUUACUAGAUAAAAAUAUGUAUCACCACCUGAAAUUUUCUUCUGACUAUUGUAGUGGUAUUUUUUUAAACAUAACUAAAUAUAGAGUUUGUAUGAUUAGUAACAUUUCCUGUCCUACAGCUUUUUUAAGUAUUCUAUAUUUUAAAAGAAGAGAAAAAGAAAGGUAUUUCUGAGUUUUUGUUCAGAUACAAAAGGCUUUAUUUCCUGUAUGGAAACACUGAUGUCCCCAGUGAAUCCUUUCGGCAUAAAGGAAGCAGUUAUAUUAAAUUGGCUUCAUGACAAUUUGUACUCCACAAGCCUCCAGAUCUUUGAGCAUAAACCACUAUCUUUUUUUGUGCUUCAGUCUUGCCUUUUGAGUAGUUGGCUUUAAUACAGAGUAUAUUCUAAAAGCUCUUGUUUAAUUGUUAAAAUAAAUUAAAAGAUGACCAUUGUCAUAGUAAUAAAAACAUGAUUCUACUUAUCAGUAAUUCAAACUCUCAAAACAUUAACAAAAUGCUUUAGUAAAUACUACACAGUGUCGUGGCUGUAUCUGUCCCUGGCAUUUUGAGAUGUUUAGGCUUGCUAGAUUAUGUAUUUACUAGACAUUUGUAUAGUAUUUGCUGUAUACCAGAUAUUCCUGUAAGUGUUUUUCAGAAAAUAACCUUAAGAACUCAAUGAUGUAGGAACUGUUACUAUUCCCAUUUUACAGCUGACCUGUCCAAGACCGCAUGGGUAGUAAGUGGCAAAGCCACAGUUCAAGUUCAGGUAAGGCUGGCUUCAUAGCGGGGCCGGUUCCAUGGGUGUGUGGCCUAUGCAGUCACAGAGUUCUACACGUAAGAGGGCCCACACUUGGUUUAAUGUUCUGCUGUCACUCUCUUGAAUUUCUUAAUAAUUUUUUAAACAAUCAACUGAUAUUUUAGACCCUAUAAAUUAUGUCGUUGGUCCUGUG